AUGCAGCAAAUGUUGGUUAUUGUAUCUCUAGGCUUGCUGGCCAGUGUGGCAGCCAGGCCUGCUGUGGAUCCAGCUCUCUUUCCGGCGGGAUCACCUUUCGGAUUCUAUCCAGGAUCGGCCGCUCCUUUUGCCGCCUAUGCUGGUGCGCCCUUUGCUGCUGCCCCCUUGAUUAAUCCUUUGGGUGGUUCCCCAUUGGCCGUGUCCAGCAGCCAGCGAUUGGACUACUUUAACCAAUUUAAUGCCGCCUUUGCCCCGACUCCUCCUGCUCGUAUCCUGGCUGCUGCCCCAUUUCCAUCUGCUGGCGCACGCCUCAUUCAACCAACUCGCUUUAUUGCUCCUGGAGUACCAGCACCAUAUUUCUUUUAA